AUGGCAAGAAGAAACAAUAAAGUUGCAAAGGGGGAGAAGUCUGCUACUGGGGCCAAUGGCGAUGCACUCCCUACAUUCGACGACAAUGCACUGUCCGCUUUGACAGCGAAGAUUGAAAAAGGAUUUGGAGGGGGAGGGCCAGCAAAAGCAGAUCGAGUGUCGCAUUCCAAAGAGAAGAAAGGAGGAAAAUCGAGCAGUGGACCUGGACCGAAAAAGGAAAAGCUCUCGACGCGAUCGUCGGCAGCUCCAAGAGGGACGAAGCGCGAUGCAAAUGGUAAUGCGAAAGUGGACGGCAAGUCUAGGCCAGGAAAGAAGGCAAAAGAAAAUGGUAGCAAAGAUUCGAGGGCUGUCCUAUUGGAAGAGAUAUUGGCUCUGGGAGGAACUGAGGAAGACUUAGACCUCGUAGCGGACGCUGCUUCUGACGAAGAGGAGGACGUAGUUGGAAAUACUUCGACCGACAAAUCUCUACAGAAAGAACUGGCAAAAUUCGUCGCUGGCCUGGGAAUCGAAGGGCAAGUUGCAGAUGAAGAUGACGGCGCAGAAGAUGACGAAGCAAACCAAGAAGAUGUAAAGAGCGAAGAUGAAAAUGGAUGGGAGGAGGCUUCGGAAGGAGACUCUGCAAGUUCAGACGAUACUGCAGAAGCUGUUCCUGAACUAAAGCGGCCAGCUCCAGCAUCUCAGAACGCGUUCUCGAAGAAUGAUGCAAAUCGCCUAGUCUUUGAAGCUCGUCCUGACUGGCAUGCUACCGAUCUUCCUCCUUUGCCGUCUGAGAAGGUCCCGAACCCAGCUAAAUUCCAAACUGCUAUAUCGAAUCUAAAAGCAUACGCCACUACCCUCUUAGAAGCAGACACAAACUUGUACGCUUCCAAACAUCUUUCAGCUUCUUCGUCACAUCGAUUCUUGUCACAAAUUAUGACUUCCGGUACAUUAUCAGAUAAAGUCUCCGCGUUGACUUUGGUUGUGCAGGAGUCCCCUGUCCACACCACUAAGUCGUUUGAGAAUCUUCUUGUUCUAGCGAAAAAGAGGAGUCGUGCUCAGGCUGUCAGUGCACUUGGAGCUCUAAAGGAUUUGCUAGGAAAUGGUGUUGUUCUACCAGCUGACAGGAGGCUCCGGCUAUUUGCCAAUCAACCAGGACUUCUUGGGACACUACAUGAGGAUACUAUCACAACCUGGGUAGUUGGCCAUCGUCUUCCAGGAAAUAUCAGUAAAGCACAUCUGAUAUCAUGGGCAUAUGAAGACUGGCUGAAAGAUCAAUACUUUGAAAUGCUUAAAAUUCUAGAGGGAUGGUGCAACGAUGAAGUUCUGUAUGCCCGGACGCGAGCUGUUACCUAUGUGUAUGAGUUGUUGAAGGAAAAGCCUGAACAAGAAGCCAAUUUACUCCGUCUCCUGGUUAAUAAACUUGGCGACCCAGACAAGAAAAUCGCCUCGAGAACGUCUUACCUGCUUCUCCAGUUGCAGACUUCACAUCCUUUGAUGAAACCAAUUAUCAUCAAAUCCAUAGAGACGGAGCUUCUACUGAAACCAGGCCAAAGUUCGCAUGCCCGCUACUAUGCCAUCAACACCUUGAAUCAGACGAUUCUAAGAGCCAAUGAAGAGGAGGUCGCUAAGAAGCUCCUAGACAUUUACUUUGAGCUUUUUGUCUCUUUGCUAAAGAAGAAGGAACCGAAGCCAGAGCCUACAGGCCCCUCCAUAAAUCGAAAGGGGCAAGUCCAAGGUGGAGGUGCACCGAUGGGAAAGAAGGCCAAAGCGAAGGCGACGAAAGAAGAAGAAGCAAAACUGGCUAGCCAGGAAACAACUGAGAAGAUGAUUUCCGCCGUUUUGAGCGGUGUUAAUCGAGCCUUUCCAUUCUCAAAAGCAGAUGAUCUAAGUCUCGAGAAGCAUAUGGAUACCCUGUUCAGAAUCACUCAUUCUUCGAAUUUCAACACCAGUGUCCAGGCAUUGAUGUUGAUUGAGCAGUUGGCCACAACAAAGCAUCUCGCUGUCGAGCGAUUCUACCGCACUCUAUAUGAAUCUCUGCUUGACCCAAGACUGAUAACGUCUUCCAAGCAUGCUUUAUACCUCAACUUACUCUUCCGAGCCAUUAGAGCGGACAUCAACAUCAAGCGCGUCAAAGCAUUUACGAAGCGACUGCUUCAAGUCGUUACGCUUCACCAACCUCCAUUCAUCUGUGGUGUAAUCUAUCUCAUACGAGAGCUGGAAACACUUUUCCCAACUCUAAAAACUCUUAUUUCUGAGCCUGAACUGGACGAUGAAGACGAGGAGGAAGUAUUCCGCGAUGUACCAGAAGAAGGUGAAGCGCCCAUUGCCGAGCAACCGAAGAAAUCGAGACUCACUCAGACUUACGAUGGCCGGAAGAGGGAGCCUGAGGACAGCAAUGCUGAUAAAAGCUGCUUAUGGGAAAUUAUACCCUUCCUUGUCCACUUCCAUCCGUCUGUUGCCUUGUUCGCUGGUCGCCUUCUGAACAACCAAGCUAUGCCACCAAAACCUGACCUUGCGUCGCAUACCCUUUCAGCCUUCCUCGAUCGCUUUGUAUAUCGUAACGCAAAAGCUGCAUCGGCUGGUCCACGUGGUAGUUCAAUUAUGCAGCCUCUUUCCGGUGGUGACAGCAAAGCUGUUUUGUUAUCUAACAAAUCCAGCCAUACAACACAACCCCUUAACACGGAAGCUUUCUGGCGCAAGAAAGCCGAAGAUGUGGCUGUCGACGAGGCGUUCUUCCACAAAUACUUCAGUCAAAUCGGCAAGACCAAGCAGGCUCCAUCCAAGAAAAAGGUACCCACUGAAGGGGAGGAUGGAGAAGGUGAGGAUGCAGAUGAAGACGAGAUCUGGCAAGCGCUUGUGGAGUCUAGACCCGAGGUCGAAGGAAACAGCGACGAGUCAGAUAUGGAAAUGUUGGAUCUGGAUGAUUCUGAUAUGGAAAAUGACUCUGAUCUAGAUAUGUCCGAUGGUGGUGUGGAGAUUAACAUGGAUGAUGAUGAAUCUGAUGUGGAAGGCGAGGAAGUGGACGAAGACGAGUUUCCGGGCAGCGAGGUCGGCAGUGAACCUGAGAUACUUGAGGAUGAGGACGAUGAGGACGAGGAUGCACUGUUUGCCAAAGAAUUGAAAAGUGCCCAGCCAGCCGACGAGGACAAGGAUGAAAAGGAGACAAGCAGGAAGCGCAAGCAACGGCUCAAGAAAUUGCCUAUGUUCGCUUCCAUGGAAGAUUAUGCUGCGAUGGUGGACAACGACGAUGAUGAAGAUCAGGGGCUAUAG